GGCGCGUCGGUCACGCCAGGUGUUCGUUUCUCUACCUGGCCGUUCUACGUGUCUCUACUCACGACGAGCAGGCACGUAACACGGAGAGAUGCGCUCGACGCUCUGCAAUAUUCAUCGCGCCCAAGUCGCGCUACUCUCACUGGUUCUCUUAAUACGAGGCUUCGAAGCAUCGGAGCUGGCAAAGUCGAAUGCAACCAGUGCUAUUUCGGAGGACGACGGGGAUGAAUUACUGGCGAAUAUGAACCUGACAACGUUCAAGGAAAGAUACAGAAGAUUAAUACCCUACAUGAAUUUUUACGUUGCCAAUAACUACUUAAACACUCAGGCUGCGUUGGCACAAAAUUACGCGGACGAGCUGUCGGGGACUCUGCUCCGGAAACCUCCGUCACAGCAACACACUGUAACUCGGCUCGUUGGCGUGCCGAGGCGAGGUGGUAAUAAGUAUCGUGUCAAUCCACCCGACCAAGACAAGAAGUUCGUCCCAUCCGUUCAAUUUGAUCCUAGAAACAUCGGAGGCGAUAACGACUACUUCGUGCCAGUAAAAUACAACUCUAAAAUCAACUACGAGUAUUCCACUCCGUCCUAUCAACUCUAUCAGGUACAAAAAUCCUAUCCCGAAAUCACCACAUCUACAAGUCAUAUCCUGAACAAGGAAAAUCGAUAUUAUGUCACUGCAAGACCCUUGCAACUCUCCACUCCCGUGGUCAAGAAACCACUGCUAGACAACCCCGAGGACGAUUACGAUCAGGAUUACACGGUCAGGCCGAACAUCGCCGUUAAUUAUCCCAAUAAGGAGGGGUUGAGGUACAUUCCGGUGCACGCAAACGUGCAGCAGCAGCAGUCAGUGAAGCCGUCGGUCAUUCCACUUUAUCGAAAGCAGAAUGUGAAUCCGAAUGUGAACCUGAACAAUCUGAUCGAGAGUUUCCAGUUAUCCGAACAAUUACCGGAAACACUGAACAAAGAUAAUCUAGAUAACAGCAUUAAAACACUCAUUGAGAUCCUGAAUAUCCUGCACAAUACGCGGCAGGAAAAUUUCCCACAAUCACAAGGACCAUUGCCGUCACCACCACCGCCCAGAUUGAUCGGUUACGAUGUGUACAAACCAAAAACAUAUACGCGGCCGAAGGUGAUCACCGAGACGAGAUUUCAAGUGACACCGAACCCUCUGAUAAUCACUGAUGAUCCCGAACGAUACAAGCCGACGGACAACGUCGAAAUCAAGCCGUCGUUGCAAUCAGAUUAUAACUUGAACUAUGUGAAGGAUGAAAAGGUGGAAUACUACAUCCCAUAUGUACAAGAAAUCUCCAAUGAACAACCCAAACAACAAGGACUCAGACCAACCUCUACGCCUAUUCCUACCACCGAACACUCGUACGAGAUCACGGAAGAUCUGAGCGACGAUAUCCUGCAGGAUGAACGGUAUACCCUACCGAUUUCUACCGAAGCGUCCUUAAGUCAAGAAUAUGUAGCACCGAAUGAAGUUACGCGUCCAGGGUCGAAAAUACCGUUGCCAGCAUUAAAAUACGGCGCGACGCGUGGAAAACCCAACGUCGAUUAUCCGGCAUAUGCGACUAUUCCGGAAACCAAAUUCAGUUGCAAGGAUCAAAGAUACAAAGGAUUUUUCGGUGACCCAGCGACCGGAUGCCAAGUAUGGCAUUACUGCGAUCUCAAUGGUGGCAAGUCGUCAUUUUUAUGUCCAAACGGCACGAUAUUCAGCCAGGUAGCACUGACGUGUGAUUGGUGGUUCAACGUGAAAUGUGAAACGACUACUCAACUAUACGUGCUAAAUGAACGACUGUACAAAUACAUCCUGCCAAUUAUGCCUAAAUUCCCAGAAGAUUUCACUGGCCCAGAAGUAGAUCGAUAUUUGGAACUCAAGUUCAAAGAAAUGGAGGCAAAAAUGAAGGAAAAAAAGUUACAGGAAAAGAAGAAACAGCAGGAAGAGAAAAGCAAGCACAAGGGCAAAUCACAAACGGCGGACGACGAAGAAUAGAUGCGUAAUUAAAGCGUUAUGUGCUAAAUUAUAAUAAUUUAGUCUUAACGUAUAUUACUUAACUCGUUGCCAUUAUAACGGAAAUAUGUCGUGGAUUGUAAGGCCACAACUCUGUAAUAACGAGUCUUACAAUCCCGGAAAAGUGCAAUACGUAUAUGAUAGUUACAUGUGAUUUAAGCAUAGAGUGAAUCACAUCGCGCGUAAAAUAAGUUAGAUUAUCUUACGGUCUCUUUACGGGUAUGAAAUGGCUGAUGAUAUUAAGUAUUUCUUAUAUUCUCUCUAGUCAUAUAUGCGUGUACUAUUACGUACUAUUUAUCAUGAAAAAUGUCCA